AUAAGAAACACGCGUUUACGCAAUCUAUAUGAAGAGGCCGAGUUUGACCGGGAACAUGGAGAAGUGAAGGAGAUAGAAGAAACCGUAAGAAAUUUGGUUCAAGAAAUUGCAGAAAAUAUCGCUGAGAAGGAUCCCCUCUUUAGAACCACCGUACUCCAAAGUGGCAGCUUUUACGAAGACCUCAAAGUCGAAGGGCCAAACGAGUUUGAUUUUAUGCUCUGUUUGGAAGAACUGUCCAAAAUUGGUGUCUGUGAGGUAAAAGAGAUUCCUUUCCGGUCUGUUCCUGAUCCUGGCUAUGUUCAUGUACACGUACCGGAUCCUAUUCAUGAAAAACGUUGGAAAAAAUACAUCUCAAAUAGCAAGAAAUUAAAACCUAAAGCACUGCUGGAAAAGUUUGAAAUAUUAGUCAGAGAAGCCUUGACGGAGAAAUUAAAAGAUUUUCACCCAAAGCUGGCCCAACAAAGUUUUACAACCGAGUUGAGGAAAAUUCCCGUUACAUUGAAGCUCGUGUGGAAUGGUACAAAAUACAGAUACUACGAAAUUUUGAUCGACUUGGUGUUAUGCAUUAAAGUUGAAGGAUGGCCGAAACAUUCUGACUUGCAAACUCGUUGCAACCGUUCUCAUCCAGGAUUUGAAGUAGUCAACGAAGUUACUAAGAAGGGCUAUCAUCUCAUAGCUUCAUGUAUCGGGGAAUCUGGGGCACCUAGACCCUGUUGGCGACUCUCGUUUUCCAAAGCGGAAGGUGUUUUGCUAAAACAUGUAUGCGGAAACUCAACACUUAUGCACAAGGCCACUGUGAAGAUUCUCAAAGUAGUAAGGAAAAAAAAUGAAUCGACGCUUGUACUUGAAGAGGAAGAAGAGGAUGCGUUAGACUCGAUUCUAUCAGGAGCUCCCGAAAUAUCUUAUCUGAUAAAGUGGGGCUUUCAUUCUUACGUUAUAAAGACAAUGUUUCUUCAUGAGUGGUUCGAGCAGCCGAAAGAUUGGUACUGGACCCAGGACCGACUUGUGGAUCGGAUUAAUAGUAUCCUAAAGAGGAUCCGUGACAGUAUUCGUGGAAAGGACAUUAGGAGCUUUUGGUUACCAGAUUAUAAGCUGUUCAACUUUCGUGCAAGAAGAAGAACAAGGACAAACAAGGCGGAAAACACGGUCUCUUCGUUGAUAAAACAGUUCGAGACAGCUUUAUAAAUAAAAGUAAAAGUUGAUCAACCGACGUGAUUUAUGAACUUAAUUGAUAGAUGUUUUCCUAUGUUAAAAGUUAAUCAGUCGAUGUGAAUUGAGUAAACUUGAUUGAUACAAGUUUUGCUUAGAAAUGGACAGAACCUUUUGUAGAGUACAUGUAAGGACUCCAUGAACCUAUGACGAUCGAGAGUUGUAACAUUCGACGUCGAGGAAGUUCCUGUAGUGCCAAGGCUAUAGUAUACAUGUAAGGCAAUUAGGAGGAUAGGCUAUGCAGGAUAACGGGUCCGGCAUGGACAUUCUAUAAAUUUCAUACAUUUAUAUUUUUUUCUAUGGCUCGGACUACACACCUAAGCACACAUGCAAUUACACAAUUACCACACAAGGUAUGCCUACUGUUAUUUUACAAGUGCUAUUCAAAAAAGAAGAAACUAAUCAAUUUUGUAAAAGAAGAAAACUAACUAGAUUACAAAGUCCAUUUGCCCAUUAAUUUUUGUAAACUCUUAUUCAUAGUGCAAAUAUAUUUUUCUAUUUCAUAUUUACCGUUUAUUCUAACUAUAAAACUGUUUAUGGUUGGGAGUACUUGCGUUAUGCAUGAUUGAAAGAGCAAUAAAUUGGAAGUGUAUAAUGUGAGUAAUUAUUUUAGGUACGCGAGCAGUGUUGAGAUCUCGAGAGAACCGAGCGUUUUGAGACAUUUUCAAGAAAUAUUUAUGAGCCGAUUUUUCCUUCCCAAGCGGGAUUUUUAAACGUUUAUUUCAGUAAAGACACUUUACGUGUUUCAGUUCCUUAUCCCCAUAAGAGCGCUUUCCUAGAAUAAGCGCCGCAUUAAAAAGCAGAAAUUUCGCAACUGAACACCGCACCCAAACCGCUUAUCGAUUGUUAUUGUUUAGUAAAAAGCUUAUGCUGCAAAAUAUUUUAAGACUUAAAAGUGGGAGUCUCGGUGCUAAGUUGUUUGCUUAUCAAGAGGUCCGGGUUCCUGGCCUGCUGGGGUUCAUUGUGUUGUGUUCUUGGGCAAGACAUCUCAAUCUUACAAUGCCUCACUCCACCCAGGUGUAACAAUACUUGGGGUAACCCUACUAUGGACUGGCAAUUCAUCCUUGGAAAAUAAAAAGAGAUUCCUAGUUGCUUCAUGCUACGGAAGUUGAGUUAAGCUCCGGCCUGAUGAGCCACUUGAAUGCAGACGUCACCUAACCCACAUUGCAAGGGCGUAUAACACAUAUUCUCUCGUAUUUAUCCUUUCUUGGAACAAAAUAAAGAAACAAAUAUUAUGUAGUGUUAUUUGAAAAAGUUCUAAUGAUCGCCCCCCAUUAAGUAAGCUACUUCUAGUAGGGUUAUAAAUUUAAGACUUUGCGAAGGAAAAAGCUUCUAAAAAACUUCUUUCUAUUCAUUAUUAUUUUAAAUUAAUAUAUCCCUUUCGCCAGUCGAGUUCACUUGACUUACGUCUCUAGCUUUAGGUGGAGUAGGGCCAGAGGAGAAAAUCUUCUUCUUUCCCACUUUUGUCACUUUAAUACUACCGUAACGGUUGUUUAAAGAGAUAAAACGCCAGGACAAGAAAUAAACGAAUUAUACUUAUUUGAGAAAAAAUGUCACGAUACUCAGUUUACUUGCUUCGCCCACGUUUGAUAACUGGUUUUUAUCACUAAAGGAGUGUUCAUAAUUCAUGGCGGGGCGGGGGGUUUGGGAAGCGGUUAUAAGGACUUUGAGGCGGCGCAGCCUUUUUCUUGUUUAACAAAUUGGGGGUAGGGGCUUCUAAAGAAAUAACUUAAUAGUCAGAGACUUGCAAGGGGGGAGGGAUCAGAACAUUACAUCGACCUCACCAUGCGGUUAGAAACCUUGAAAUGCCCCCUCAGUGGUUCCUAACUUAAGCCUACAUGUAUUCUACUAGAAUUGUACGGUAGAUUUUAAGAUUUGUGAUCUUUAAGCGUCUGACAGCCAAGUUGGGUGACAACCCACUGGUUUAUUAGGUCCAAGUUCUUGGGAUUUGGCAAAGAGAUUCAUUUACUAUUGUUGUCAAUACCUUAGAAACAAGUUUAAUUUCAAGCAAUUUACAGGAACAGAGAGUUUGGUGAUGCUAUCUCUUGGUAUCUGACCAAUCAUCUUACGGAGUCAAUGAUUUCUGUUGAAGGUGCCCCCAUUAAAGAUGCACCAUGUGAGGGAAGCUCCAAGAAUAACCUAAAUGAAUAAAAUCCUUCAUUUGUUCAAACAUGAUCACUGAUUGUACUGCAUCAUCUAUGAAAGGCGUUGCACUGAUGGUUCCCCCGUUCUUCUUUAAAAUGCUAAAAUUAUUACUAAGAUCUUUAGGUGCUGAAGAAUGUUUAACACGAAAGUGCUGGCCGAUGGAUGAACUUGCACUUUUGUGUUCCUCAAUUCGCUGGUGUACGUGACGAGCCGAUGUGUAACCAACAUAACCUGCAUCGCCCAGGUCACAUUCAAAUUUGUAAACAAGACAUUGCUGGUUGACAAGAGGUGGCUGAGCUUCUCGCAUUUUAAGAUCGCGCUCAAUCUUUUGGCUGACAAACACUGGAGACACGGUCGUGUGAAUUUUGUUACUCAAAUCCCGAAGUUGGUGUCGAACACUAUGUCAGCUGAGGACUGUUCUUUCAAUAGUAUAAUGACACGAACAGGGUCAGAUGAUUCAAAAACAGCCGCGGGCGAUGAAAAAGGUUGAUCAGAAAAGUUUGUAGUAAUGAAGCGUGAGAUAGUAAAGCCUUACACAUAUAUUUGCAAAUUCAUUUAAAUUUUCUUAAUUUUUUUGUACUUACUUGACAAUGACCGAAGAUCGGUCGAAACGUCGUUUUUUAUCCGUGGUUUUUACUGUGUUAAGUUUUAGAAAACCCUUACUUAUAAGACUUAUGAUGGUUAUGGGAUUAAUAGUAUUUACAUUUGUAUCGAAGACAAAGAGUGACUUCUUUCAGCGAAGAUCGAGCUCGGAUGACUGAGCCAGGGACAUCUUUCUCUGGGCAACGCCGUUUGCAGCGAAAACGUUUACUUUUACACAUUUACUACCUCUCCAGAAUCUUUCAGCUGAUCUGUAUGUAAGGGAGUGGUCAUUAAUUAUUGAGGGGGGUGAACAAAUUCGGGGGAAGGGCCAAAAUGUUUGGGACCCACUCUUUACGGUGCACAGGCGGGUGUUGCAGGCUGGUUGUGUUAUUGCAUACAAAGAAUGUAGAUGGUGCUCCACGACAUAAGGAAUGUGAUUGUUCAAUGUGCCCUCCUUAUAUUCUUCGGAAAGUCUUCAUUUCCUCAGGUCGAGGAUCAGUGUUGAGAAAAAACACUUUUGCCAUCACAUGAGGUUUCUUUAUCAUCACCGCCUCAUCCAUCUCUCCCUGUUCGAUAAAUUUUAUUUUUCUCCCUCUUCCCUACCUUUUUUUGGCCAUUUUUCUUUGAAUUCUUUCUAUUCCGUUCUCCCAAUGCUUAUUUUGUUGCCCAGGUCAGUGUCUUCGAUCUUCUUAGCAUGUGAUUCUCAAUGGUUUUAAGGUUUUAAACUGCUCGUCCAACAAAUGAAACCUUUUCUACAUUAUUACUUAAGAAUUAAUGACGCAUGCCUGACAAAUUUCCGGCACAGGUAGGCCAAUAGGUACGUCUAAAAUUAGACAGCUUUGGAUUCGAAGACGAUGACAACAUUUAAUUUUACGCUUUUUAAUUUUCUCGUCUAUUCUUUAAAGGUAGAUACCCCGGAAAGCUUCAUUGUAAAUUUUUUUCACAAUUAAAAGCUAGUACGCUUAUUUCAGUUGAAGGAUGUAAAGCCAGGUUAUGGGCUCCUUGUAAAGCCCUCUCUUGAUCGCUAAAUGAUAAAAUUCCUUUUAAACGUUUGAUAACUUGUUUUCGCCACUACUUCGCAUUGGGAAAAUUUCGUUCUCUUAGAAUCAAAAGCAUUCUGGUCCCCGGAGCCUCCUGGUGGCCUGAGCACGAGGACCAGGAGGCUCUUGGGACACAGGAUUUGAAGUCCUAGAUUUUAGGACUUCUGGUCAUUUCUGAUUCAAAAGUAAGUUGGAGGUUGGUUGGAGGAUUGUCCUUUAAAAGCUUUGAAUCAGCUAAAUUUACAGUCAUUGACACUUCUGCAAAAGCAAGUGAACGCUAUUAGAAACGUUGUAAAAAUCACAAAUUACCGGAAGUCCUAAAAUCUAGGACUUCAAAUCCUGUGUCCCCAGAGCCUCCUGGUUCUCGUGCUUAGGUCCCCAGGAAGCUCUGGGGACGAGAAUGAAUCUAAAGCUCUCGAACCUCAUUUCCAGUCGUCCUCAGCGAUUUCGGAUGUGACGUCACCUGUCAAGCUUGUCGGGAAAAUUUCGCGCUCUUUUCCAAGCCGCCUCUGCAAACUCGGACCCGGAUAGCGCCAACUGGCCUGGGUAGGAAGCUGAAAGCUUUCUAUUGACCACUGACUUGACCACUUCAGAAAAUACCAUAACAUACCAUAAUACUCUUUGUUGGUCACUCCAAAAUUUUGCAUAAGCAUUGUCGUUUGCGAGUUGAUUAAUCCAUAACGACGGCGGCUGGGUGCUUGUGUCAUGGCCAAAUGACUGUUACUUCAGGUAAUUUCUGACUUUUUGCAACGAACGCUGGUAAAAUUGACUGCGGGCUCAAAAUUAUAUACCCGGAAGCGAUCGUCAGCUUUAAGUUUGUACAUUGUACGUGAUUCAAAAUGAAGCGCAACUUCGGGGACGAUGAAUUGCAACGCCUUUACAAAAAAGCAGAGUUUAAUAGAGAGCACAAGGAGGUAAAGAAAAUCGAGAAAAGAAUUAGAGGUUUAGUUGACGAAAUCUCUGCCUACAUAGGCCGCGAGGAUCCACUUUUUAAAAACUUUGUGAUCCCCAGCGGAAGUUUUUAUGAAGAUCUUAAAGUCGAAGGACCCGAUGAAUUCGAUUUUAUGAUUUGUUUAGAGCAGCUUUCCUCUCCUGGUGUGUGUGUUACGAAGGAUAUUCCGAUGAGACCGGUUCCCGAUCCCGGCUACGUGGAUGUUCAACUGUCCAACGAAGAUUAUCGUAAUCGGUGGCAGAGGUACAUUUCCAGGCGAGGAAAUCUCAAACCUGAUGUUCUCUUGAGAAGAUUUAAACAACUAGUCGAGAAAGCCAUAGCUAAUCAAGAGCGGUCUUCCAGGGAUGAGUUAGAUGAAUAUGUCAAUAUUCAGCUCAGAAAAAUCCCGAUAACGAUCAAGGUUAGAUGGCAUGGCAAGAAGUACUCGAACUAUGAAGUAGCUGUAGAUUUAACUCUGUGUAUCAAAAUGUCAGGAUGGCCGGACGCUUCAGAUAUAAAGGAACGAGUCAGCAGGGGUCACCCUGGAUAUGAAGCGUUCAGAGAGGCUGUAGCAGAGGGCUAUCAUCUCGUGGCGUCAACUAUUGGAGAAUCCGGCAAGCCUCGGCCAUGUUGGCGUUUAUCAUUUUCAAUUCCCGAAAGAGUUAUACUCAAGCACAUCUGCAAGAAUCCGAACCUCAUUCAUAAGGUGACGCUUAAGGUUCUCAAGGUGUUGCGGAAGGAAAAUGAGGAUUUUUUAUGUCUUUUUGAAAGCCCUGGUGACGAGUUGGCGUCUUUCCACAUAACAUGGGUGUUCCAUUCGUACGUGUUAAAGACAAUGUUGUUAAGGGAAUGGACUGAUUUCCCGGAAGAUUCAUAUUGGACCAAAAAUCAACUAGGAAAACGAGUCAAGAGCAUUUUGGAAAGGAUUCGAAGUAGCGUGGUUCGCAAAGAUAUUCAAAGUUUCUGGGUUCCAGGUUAUAAACUUUUUAAUUUCCGAGCAAGAAAGCCAACCAACACGAAACAUUGCGUGGACAACCUUGGCAUUCUCUUAGAUAAACUAGAUCUU